AUGACGCGCGACUGGGCCCGCGACAUGCGUGUGCUGACCGACGUGCUGCUGUCGCAGGCGGGGUACGUCGGCACGCACUCGCGCACGAGGCUCGCACACCUCGACGACGACGACCACGCACCUGACAGGCAGCCGCGGCUGUACGUGUCGGGGGCGGAACUGACGGGAAGGUUUGGGAGGAUCGAUCCGAAGAAGAGUGGGCAGAUGUGGUCGGCGUAUAGAUUUGAGCCGCAGACGAGGCCGCACCAUGUUUCGGGCACCCUGACGGACGCGGUGGAGUAUGCGUUGCGCAAGGAGCACAGGUACUGCCUGGAGAGGGGGGUUAAGCCGUUGUUCUCCGGGGCUUUGAGGUCAGUGCAAGAGUAG